ACGCUCAAGGUAAUGUAACUUGCAUGUGUCAAGUAUUUACGAAUUUACGAAAUUAUCUUUUAUUUGGAAGAGCCAUACGUUUAAUCACAUGAAUUGAAGGCGUAUCUUUCUCUAGCAUCCAUAUGGCACUAUUAGUAGAUAGAUCAUACGUGUUUGCUAAUCAUAUAACUUGGCAUUCUGUCAAGACUGCACAUGUACUGUUUUCAACCAACUGUCAGAGGCAACUCCUGUCAAAGCAUCAUCAGAAGAGACAAAAACCUCCUAUAUCUGAACAUGUGUCUUGGGAGGAAAGACUGGCAGACGUGGUCACCCCAUUGUGGAAACUGAACUAUGAGGAGCAACUUGGAGUAAAGCAAAAACGCCAAGAAGCAAUUCUCUCCCAGCUUUGUGAACAUCUUAAACUAGAUCUUCGGUCACCAUGCGUUAAAGGACAACCCAACUUCCCUGUUCUACCUAUCCUGCCCUCUCCAGUUCAAAAUGGAUACAGGAACAAGUCAACGUUUUCUGUUAAUAGAGGCGUAGAUGGGAACACAAAGACGGUUGGGUUUUAUGUUGGAACAGCCAGAUCCAACAAAAUUGUCUGUGUGAAUGGAGACCACUUGCUAAACAUGCCUGAGAAGCACAAACUGGUGGCUAGAUGCUAUCAGGACUUCCUCCGACUGUCUCCCCUCGAGCCCUGCCUUUUGUUUCACACCGGGGGGCACUGGAGAGAGAUCACCAUAAGAACCAAUAAGCAGGGCCACACCAUGGCAAUUGUGUAUUUUCACCCACAGACACUAUGUCCAGAGGAGGUGGCAGAGCACAAGGCUGCCCUGGUGGACUACUUCACAAAUGGGCCGGGUUCAGUUUGUCAGUUGGACUCGCUUUUUUUUCAGGAGAGUACCAUGACACGCUGCUCGCAUGAAGCAUCGCCCUAUCAGCUCCUGCAUGGUGUGCCCUACAUUUAUGAAGAGAUUCUAGGCUUCAAAUUCCGCAUAUCUCCAGAUGCCUUCUUCCAGGUGAACCAAGCUGCUGCGGACGUGCUCUACAGAACAGUCAGAGACUUAUGCACACCAAAUCAUCACAAUGGAAUUGACCCAGCUCAAGGAGGUGGCACUCUUUUAGACGUGUGUUGUGGUACGGGCGCGAUUGGCAUCAUCACAUCCCCCAGAGUGAACCAAAUCCUGGGUAUCGAACUAGUGGAGCAAGCUGUAGAGGAUGCCAGACACAAUGCAAUCCUCAACAAUGUGCAUAAUUGCGAGUUUAAGUCUGGAAAAGCAGAGGUGGUCCUUCCUGGUCUAAUGAAGGAGUUAAGUUCAAUACAGUCUGGCCUUACAGCAGUGGUGAAUCCAGCUCGAGCAGGCCUGCAUUAUCGUGUAGUAAGAGCACUAAGGAACCACUCUUCCAUCCGCAGACUGGUCUAUGUGUCCUGUAAGCCAGAGGGGGAGGCUAUGAGGAACUUCAGAGAACUGUGUUGUGCUCCAGACCCCCAGAAGAAGCUCACCGGAGAGGCGUUCACUCUGACACUAGCAGUGCCUGUGGAUAUGUUCCCCCACACCCCACACUGUGAACUUGUACUGCUCUUUGAAAGAUAGUUUAUAAUAACUUCAUAAUAAGUACACCUUGAUUAGUCUUAAUAAAGCCUGAAGAAAGACUGUAAAUUAUGAACAAACGAUUUAAGAAUGAUUCAAGCCUAACUUUAUUAAAGAGAUAGGGUUAAGAGUUAUGAGGUUAGGGUUUAAAUUAUGUAGUUACCAAGCCUCAGUCAUUCUUAAUAAACUAUUUGUUCAUUAUGUAUAGGCAGUUCGUGCUUUAAUAAAGCAUGAAUAAGUGUAUUUAUUAGAAAAUGUUACCAAAGAUAAAUUAAAAAGGUACAUUAAGACAGUAAGAUUAAGAUUUUAUGCUAAAAAUGUAAAUGCCCCAUAAGGCUUCUGAUGUACAUGUUUACAAUUAUUUGGCCAUGGAUUAAAAAAUUAAAAUGCA